AUGGACGUAGAUAUUCUGAGUUCAGAAAACGCGAAGUGUUUAAUUAACAAAAGUAUCAAAUCAUCCGGUUUAACAUGUUUAGUAUGCGGUAGUCCAGCCACCGGUUUUAACUUUUCGGUGAUCACCUGCAUGUGUUGCAAAGCUUUUUUUCGCCGCAACGCUUUGUAUGGUUUACAUUCGUAUCAAUGUCGUUACUCAACGGGAGAAUGCACAAUCAAUAUGCUGACACGUCGUGAUUGUUCGUAUUGUCGAUUGAAAAAAUGCUUUCAAGUCGGGAUGAAAAAGGAGCUGAUUCUUACAGAUGACGUCAAACGAUUGAAACGUGAAAAGAUUCUCGCCAAUAGAAAAUUAACUAUAUCCAAUGGUCUUGACCUAUGUGCAUACAAGAAUUUUCUAAGUGGAGAUGAUUCCAUUCUCUUACGAAAUAUCUCGAAUGUUUAUGAAGAACAUUGUCGCUUGCCGAUUAUGUCGUACGAAAAACGUGAAUAUGAACUUACUUGUCAACAGCCUCUGAAGACUCGGAUCAAAUCUCAACAUUACCUUGAGUCAUUUCAAAAACAUUGUUCUUCGUUGAACAACUUCUUUCAACAUUUACCUGAUCUACAAGAAUUUUCUCCUGACGAACAAAAAAGACUACUUUCACAUAAUUCGCGAUUUCUAAUGCGACUAAAUUCAGUCGAAACUCUCGACGAUUCGUUUCCGCUAUGGGGUGCAGCGCGUCUUCUAAUCGAAAUUAUGUACGGCAAAUCAAUCAUGGACAAUGUCGAUCAGUGUCUACAUCAGGUUCGCUUUUACCUCAACGACUCACGAUGUACACAACUAAUGUUAAUCGUUUUACUCUUUUCAACAUCGAUCAAUUAUCAGGGAAAUCUAAAUACGCUAGUUCUGUACAAGCUUCAGGAGAAGUAUGUGCAUUUAUUAUGGUCGUAUUUGGAACGACGAUAUGGAUCGGUGGGUGCCUGUGAAAAGUUCUCUUUAAUCAUCCGCUAUUGCCUUCGUUUGCAAGCGAUUGGUCAUUUAAUGGAAGUGAAAAUUCAUGAUGUUCAAUGGCAAGACAUUCUCCUCUCCACACAAAAAAUAAAUAUUGAGUGA